GCGUGUUGUUGUUUCUCCGCAGCGUCACAAUGAAACGUUUCAUUUGUUAGUUUUAUAUCACCAUACGUUAUUAAAGUGUAACAGCAGCGAAUCGCGGGUUGUAAAUCGACAAUGGAUUCGGUGAGAUUUUAUCCCGUUUUCCACUUUCUCGUCUGGUUACCAGCUGCAGUGGCCCUGGUCGAGGUGCCGUCCAAUGUGACCUUUCACUGCCACAACAUGCACAACAUUCUGGAGUGGAGUUACAGCCAACACAGGCCAGGGCUUCGAUUCAGAGUUGAUAUCUUGCGAUAUGAUGGUAAUGCUACUGAGUUUUGGGUGGACUCACCAGCCCUACAAGCCAAUUUAUCAUUUCUCUCUGAUCCAAGAAAUGAGUACAGUCUCCAACUAACUGCUGUGAUGGGUGAGGAGGAGUCCGAGCCCAUUCCUACCGAUGGAAUCAGUUUCAGCUAUUUCAUGAACUCUCUUGUGCCUCAGAAAUGUUAUUUGGACCUCCCACCAGUCAAUGUCACUACUCAACCAGAUGACAAGAUCCUAUUCCGCUUCAUCCACCCUGCACUGUGGUACGGCCAAAGGUUGACUAGCAGUCAGAAUCUAAAACCACGACAGAGGAAAAGCCAUGGCGCACAGCACAACAAACUGCCUCUAUUCAAAUGCAAAGUUGUGAUCGACGGCCAGAAGGAGCCACCCCAUCAUUGCCACUGUGUGGAGAGUGUGUGUGAGGGAAAGCUUCCAGUGCACAGUUCAUUGGAGAAACACUGUCUGAACAUUACGGGAGAGCUGGAGUACAUGGCAGUUAAAUCCUCACAAUUAUACUGUGCCAUGCCAAUUUCACCUGAGCAAAACAAACAUAUCAUCUACAUCGUGGUCGGCUUGUUGAGUGUGUGUGUGGUUGCUUUUGUCCUCUUCUUGGUGUACCAGAAGAAGACCAGGCCCUCAUCUGCUUUACCAAGUCCUUUACGUUCAUUCAGCAAAAAUAUACAGAACACCGCGGGACCACUUCAGGAGAAGAUCACUGUGGAAAAAGUGGAGCCCUCCUCUCCUACACCUCUCCUGCCAUACCCAGAGGAGAAUGGAUUCACACCGGCUGUUACUCCCUCCACUGAGGAUCAGUUCCGUAUGCCCAUCGGGGUGUCGCCGCAGGAUGAACAAGCAGAUGAUGACAUUGAGGUAGGGGAAUCAGGUUAUGAAGAACGCGGGUACAUGGGAGGCAAAGGCUUGGAUGAAGAUGAGAUACUUGACCCCUGUCUUGGCCCGUCUGGUUACGAGAAACGUGACGUUUUGGUUAAAAUGGGGCCAGAUGAUCCAGCUGAGGGCUACCGCGGUAACCUCUGAACAUGGCAAACCCCUGUAUCAUGUAUCGUUAGAAAAGAGUCUUAAGCUGUUAAGACUGGAACCUGCAGGGGAGCUGUUGUUACAAAUAUCUGUUUGUUUGGUUUGUGUCGUUUCCUUAUCAAUGCCAAGUUAAAGGUGAAUCAAAAACUUUCCUCCUGCACUUAUUGGUAUUUACAUUAAUAUUUCAAAGCAGUUCAAAAAAGCAGCAUUUGUUGUUAAAUUCCCACAGAACAAUUGCAAGUCGCAAGAUAACACAGGGCAUAGCAAUUACCACCAGACAGCAUAGUAACACUGUACAUCUGUAAGUUACCUCAUCUCUGAUAUUUUGUGUCCUUUCUGCUGCACCAACAAACUUUGCAUGCCUAGCACUGCUACUAGGUGAGAGAACAUCUUGCUCAUAAUACUCUGGAAUUAGAUGCAUGAUGUAUUUACAGUAUAUUUAUAUACCAGGUGCUCAAAGGGACUUUAAGUGCAUUUAACUUAGAAGAAGUUCCAGCUUGUGGUGUUGAGGUAACUACUGUUAAGAAAAUCCAUCAUCUCUAAGGGAAUUAUAAGCAGUAUCCCCCAAAAAACAGACUGCAGUAAAGUGUUUUCGGCUGCAGCAAAUCAGUAAACUGUCAUACAUGACGACAUUACAUCUCGUCUUGACUGUUAAGCUUCUCCCUGCUCUUGCAUUGUUAAAAAAAAAAAAACAUUCCAUCAACUUGUGCAGAAUGUAUUGUCCAGGAUUUACUGCUGCAAAAGAGCGGUAUGAUUAAAAGAGACUAAAAGACGUCCGUCACUGGUUACCCGCUACAUUUCACGUCCCUCACAUCCACAGAUACAGACAUGUGCGCUUAUUUUAUUCUGGCGGUUUUGUUUAUUUAUUUAUUCUUUUUUUCUUUGCAAAGGUGCUUUUGACAAUGAAAACAAAGGUCAUUGAUAUUUUUAUUUUUAGAUCACUGCCAACUGCCCUACCCCUUGAAUUAUUUUAUUCUCCCCACAUGUCAGAACAAACAAAAUGAACAAACAAAAUGAAGAGAAAGAGAGGAAAAAAGCCCAGAAUGAAUGUGUUGCACUAUAUUAGAACUGUUCCAACUCGAGCAGUGUAGCCGCCUGUCAUGCUGUCUUAAAAUGACCGAGCACUUUCAUAUUAUGUGCCAUCAUCAUGGCAAAGACAAAGUCAAAGAGUGGUGCAUUUGUUCUCAACACAAGUGAGCAGUGUUUACUGAAUCAUCUUUGAAAUUCAUCCCAUUGAUGAAAUUAAUUUAUAGAGGCGAGACCUCGUAAAUAAUUGUUGGUGGGCUAAAAGGAAAGAUGCCUUAAAUAUAUUAAGUUACUUUUAAAUGUAGUUGAUCAUUGAUCAACAAAAACAAGAAAAAGCCUAUAAACAUACUAUAGCAAAGUGAGUUAUUAUUAAAUAAUGACAGAGUCACAGUGUGAUGUGUAAAGUGGACUGAUUUGCCUCACUGAUUUACCUCAGUAAGUGAGCUUUGACCUUCCAUCAUGUACAUACUCAACAUUCAGAACUUACUUCAGAACUGACACAAGGACUCGAAGGGACUUGACCUAGUAGUCAACAAAAAUGACAUGUACAUACUGUUUCAUAAUCCAUGUGCCUAAGUCUCUGCUGAUUUUGGAAAAUAAAAAACAGCUUUUUUUGAAUCAUUGAUAUUUGUAACAGAAUUUUAAAAACUGAUAUUAGAGCGGUUUUUGCAUUUCAUUUUGUUCUCAGAAGUAUCUUUGUUAUCAAAAGGUGGUAAAUGCCUUGUUUGUGAUGACCGUAGUUUUAACUGCUAGCACCUAAGCUUUGUCCCAUUAGGCUGCUGUUUACUGAUGAGUGGAUGCAGUAUAUUAACAGCAGAUGUGCAGCCAUUUUACAGCCACUUCAUGUUGAGGUUCUCAGUUUGAGAAAUUAAAUGGGCAUGGAUAGACUAUUAAGUUUGUUUGAAUAGUUGGGAUAUUGCCCUGCAUGCUGGAGGCAGACCUCUUGUCGCUGGCAUUUAUUCUUUGCAGGCUGUUCUGUACUUGAUUCUGUGGACACAGCCUAGGUAUAAACUAAACUGAUAUAAAAUAGAUAGGGAGUUCCUUAUCAAGAAAAAUGAAACUUGUGAAUGAAAAACAGAAUUUCAAGUCUUUUUUUUUUUCAGAAAAUGCUUCGAUAUCACUUUUUUACUACAGAAUGACAAAACCGUUUUUAGAAAAAAGAUGUUUUUCAUUUUCUGAUUAUCAAUCAAUCGAGACGGAGGAACAUGAAUUUUCCAUAAAAAAAUCAGUCCAUCUUACAGUAAUAUCUAUUCACACCUGUUGCUUGCAUGCAUGCAAAGAUUACUGUAGUCAUCAGUUACUGACCUGAGUGGUCAAAAUACUGUAUUUGCUGUGAAAUAGUGUGUCUUCUAAAUGUCCUUGCGCAUUUGCACUUCUGUGUUGUCUGUGAUUCAGAUGCUAAGUUUCUUAUUAGAUUUGUAGCACCUUAAAGUCCCUGGAAAGCAUUUGUUAGAGAAUCUUUAACUAUAAUGUGACAGUUUUUGCUGAGUGAAAUAUGUGGAUGAGUGUAGCCACAAGAUGAAUUUGAUCAAGUCCUUGACAGCAGAUUUGAUUAGAUCCCUGAUAUAGAGGAUUGUUGGCUCCUUUCUUCACCUCCAUCAUCUGCCACAUGGAGGAGGAGAACAAGGGAGAAAUUAAUUAAUUCUGAGUUAUUUUCUCUCAUGAAAUGAGUGGCUAUUUUGCUCAGAGGAUAAAUUGAAGUGCUGUGAUGUGAUAUAACAUUAUACGUCUAUUAGACUUUCGGCCUUACUGUUGUAUUUUUAUUCAGUUUUGAACUGAAUGCCUUGUACAUAUGUUAUGUAUACAUACAUAACAUUGUAUUUUGUGUUAAUGUGCAGUACUAUGCAGACAUUUUAGAUAUUAAAAGUAAACUGAGGAUGCUUUCAAAAUUGAUGACAUGAAUAGUUUUGUCCUGUGAACUUCACACAAAGUGCAGUUAACAGAAAAAAAUUUUAAUGGUACUUGUCAGGUAGGUUGUUCCAAGCAUCUUGGAGGACUUGCCACAGUUUUCCUGUGGAUUUAGGCUGUUUAACUGUCUUUUGUUUCUUAAUGAAAUCCCAGACUCACUGACAUGAUGUUGAGAUCAGGGCUGUGGUUGAAAAGUCAAAAAGAUGUUCUCUCCUUGCCAGUUUUCAUUGGCUGCUAGAGAAUGUAACGAAAGGACAAUUCACAAGGACUUAAGAAAAGAUGACUGUGGUGCUUAGAGAAUCCUCCUUGAGAAUGCUCCAUGUUUCUGUCUCUGAAAAUAGUUCUUUAUGACCCUGGCUAUAUUUUAGGGGUCAGUGUCCUGCUGCAGAAAUCUGCUUCUGUGAUGGUAUUGCAUUAUAGUGAAAACUUUUGCACUGUACUGUCUAAAACAUUUGCACAGUACUGUAUCUCCGAACAUCCCAGAUUUGUUAAUGUCCAUCCUCACAGUAAAUGCACUAUCUCAACAAAUCAACAACAGACUUUUUUUUUUUGUAAAUAAUACUGAUUAUGUAACAGGAAAAAAUGGAGUGUAUGUGCAAGAUUUUAUGGUCCACCUCUUUCUAAUAGACAGACAGAUCUAAUCACCAGUGUGAGUAAUUGUCAAUAAUGUUUGUGUAUGUUUAGUCUGCUUUUCAAAAAGCGGCUAACUGCAGCUAGCCGCGAUUGUCUCCAGUUUUCAGCUGCCUACUCGUUAUUCACAUACCUCCAUCUAUAAAAUGUUUGCUUUGCUAUCUGCAAGCUAUUCUUUGUUUGAUUUUUCUCAUUGUUUUUUCAGCAUUACAUCAUUUUAAUAAACAUGUGGAUUUUCUGCCUUGUCCUGUUUCUGUCCUGUUCU